AUGUCCUUGCCAAGACCAGGCCUUUCGUUCUUACAAAAGCGCAAACUUGAAGAACAAUUCGGUACACAAGUACCUGAAUUUUCUGAAUAUCAUCAAAAGAAAAGAGGAUUGGAAUCAUUUUCAUUGAAAGCUGCUGCUUUAGUGGGCGUUGCUUCCGGUAUUUUCUCCUAUCAAAGAUCAUACCAACCACUGACCGGAAUUUUUGUUGGAGCCAUUGCUUUCUUGACUUCACGUCGUGCUGUUGAAUACUUUGGAGCUCCACAUUUCGGAGUUAAUUCGACCAAUAAUGCAGAAUAUGAUAGAGCUUUUAAUCUGUGGGUCUAUUAUGAACACAACCCACAUCGUAAAGAUGCUGAUUUGCCAAUCCAUCAAUUUGAAUCUAGAUACCAGAAACGUCUCAAUGAAUAUAGAGAAAAGCAUAAGAAUGAUUAUUCUCAGUUUUUGAAACAAUAA